AUGGACAGCAGCGAAGCGGGCGGCGAAGCGGGCGGCGGUGGCGGGGGGCUCCUGCAGCAGAUCCUCAGCCUUCGCCUCGUGCCCCGCGUGGGCAAUGGCACCACCACCUACUCCAGCCCGCUCUCCACCUUCCCAGAGAUGUGGUACGGCGUCUUCCUCUGGGCGCUCGUCUCCUCCCUUGCCUUCCACGUGCCGGCCGCGCUGCUCGCCCUGUUCACGCUCCGGCACCACAAGUACGGGCGGUUCAUGUCCGUGAGCGUGCUGCUGAUGGGCAUCGUGGGACCCAUCACCGCCGGCACCCUCACAAGUGCUGCCUUUGCUGGAGUUUACAGAGCUGCGGGGAAGAAAAUGAUUCCCUUUGAGGCCCUGAUUUUUGGCGUGGGGCAGACGUUCUGUGUGGUGGUGGUUUCCUUCCUGCGUGUCCUGGCCACCCUGUAGCUCCUCUGGAGAGCACAAACCAGAGGGGAGCAGAGGACCUGCUGCCUCACACAAAUCACAGCGGGCACAGCUCCAGCCCUGUGUUCUUCUGCUGAUUUAAGGAAUUGGGGCGGCUUGCUCCUGCCUCCAGCCUGGCUUGAAAUUUGAAAAAUCGUGAAUUUUGUUACUUUUUGGUAACAUUAAGUGCCAAGUGAAACUUUAUUUCUCUGGAGGGUAGGAAAAUGGCUGCCAGAGGAGGAGCCCCGGGUACCUUCACCAGGGAUGAGCUGUAGUAACAGGAAGUGACUGAAAUGUGACACCAGCUGUGCUGGGGUGGGGACAGGGCCAGAGGGACAUCGUGUCCUCAGAGCUCACUCACCACUUUGUUGCUUGGCUUUCAGUGAACCUGAAGCUCUUUUAAUGUCAGUUUUUAAAUUAAAAAAUUGCUUUCUUCCUGGCCCAAACUUCUUAAUACCAGGUCAUGGCCAUAGUGGAUUUGGGAGCAGAAAUGAAGAACUCAUUUUAGAUGGAUGAGAGUGCAGAUUUGUGUCUGGGAGCUCUGGCUGUGAAUGCUGCACAGGGGAAAUGUCUGGUAUAAAAAAGAUUUUGUGAGUUUUAUUACAGCAAAGCUCUUCUGGCCCUGUGAGUGUUUUCCCCAGAGGCAGAGUGGAAUGGGCACUCCAGAAAUGCCAGGUGUGCCUGUGGGCGUGCACAGCUCUCCCCAGGCUUGGAAAGAGACUUGUGUUUUCAGACAGCCCUGUUCUGUUUGACUUGCUGAUGCUGCUGAUGGCGUGGUGGAGCUGGGUGUCUGCCCUGAUCUGGGAGUGGCACUGGGCAGCUUGGAUGAAAUCCCUGCUGCUGAGAGCUGCGUGGCCAGGCCGGGCUGUGACCUGGCUGUCCCCAGGGAAUGCAGCCCAGAGCCUGCUGGGGCUGGCAGAGCUGCAGGGCUCCAGGCAGGAGCCUGGCUGAUCCCUGUGUCUGUGUGAGCACAGCCCCACAUCAGCCCUUCUCUGUUUCCUCAUGAAUUGUUUUAGUUUGUUGUGGUUUUAAGUGACUUUUACCUGAGUGGUAGCUCUGCACUUGUGCCCAGAGCUGUGCUGCAUGGCUGGGGCACUUGAGCAGCUAACUGGGAGCUUCCUGGGGCUUGGCUCUUUGGGGGAGCUGAGGCUGAAUUCCAGGGAUGUGGCUGGGCAGUGCAGCCACCCCGAGGGGCUUGCUGUGCUCUGUGUUUGCACCCAGCUCACACCGUGUAUGUGGGCUGCACUGUGUGCAGCCUUUCAGGGGCCUGUUCCCAUCCCUGUCUUCAUUGAAUUCCUCUGGUUUCCAAACCAGUUCCUUUUGUACCUGCAGCAUUUCCUGUAGUCAUUUACCUGCCAUGAGCCCAUGUCCUCAGUGCUGGAGUGAUUGGAUGUGGCACUUAGUGCCAUGGUCUGGAUGAUGAGGUGGUGACCAGUCAAAGGCUGGACUGGAUCUUAGAGAGCUUUUCUAAACCAAAUUGAUUCUGGGAUCCUUCAGCAGGGCACUGUGUCUGCCAUGGAAAAGGAUUUCUCUAUGCACAGACUCCUCAAGAGUGAUCUGUCAGUGGUGAGAGGUGUUUUACAGGAAUUACUAAUGGAGAUUACUCUAAAUUUUAGCCUAUGUUAAUUCAGGGAAUAUAGAUGCACAGUUCAGGAAAUAAUUUAAUGUGAAUCCUUCUCCUUAGGUGGGUGAGGUCCAAGUGGUGUAACAUUAAAUCUGGAUCUGUGGAGAGCCCUGUGUGCUUGUGCUGCUUGUAGAGAGCCAGUCUUCCUGCCAGUGCAGAAACAAUGAAAAGGAAGGAAUAAGCUUUCUUUCUUUUCCCCUUUCUCAUUUCAUAUUUCAGCAUGUGUACAGAGUGCACAGUUUAAUUUACAGAAAUUAUCCUGUGUUUUCCUGGAUGGAUUAAAAGUAUCUCAUGGAAUUUGAAUAGGGUGGGUCUGGCUUUACCUUUCAGGUGACACGAGAAGCCAAUGUCCUGGGCUCCUGCUGUGCUCUCCUUUACCCUGCACUGGUGCCUGGCACCACUCAAAAGCCAUUAAGCUGAUUGCAGCUGAGAAAGCACUUUAUCCACGUGCCCUGUGCUACAGCAAGAGGAGGUUUCCUUGCAGGAACAGGGCUGAGGGGUGCAGGACACAAAUGGGGCUGUCACAGAGCUCAGAACAAGUGAAAAAUUGCUCAGUAAAGUCACUCAGUGCUGGGUGAACUGAAAACCUGCUUUCUAUCCCUUUUCUAUCCCUCUGAGAGUCUGUUUGAGGUGGUUCUGGUUUACUUGAAGAGUUGGCAGCUUGCCCCUGUUUGGAGCUGGCAAUGUCUCUCUGUGCCUAGAUGCUAUGAAAUUUUCAGGAAAUUCUUGCAUAAAAGGUGAACAAUCAGCUGAUUUGUCUGUUCAUAUUAGCACAGGAGGCAAGUUCUUUGUGUCACCUUGGUGCUCACAGACGUCCCCCACUCUGCUGGCUGCUGCUGGCAGCAUCCCUCUCCAGUAAAACCAGAGCUGAACAGAAAGGAGGAGUAGCCUUGAGCUGAAGCACCAGGUGGCAGUUGAAGCACUGGUGGCAGUUUCCUCCCCUCAUUGCUUUGGCCUUCCCUUUCCAUUCCUUUAUUCCAAGUGAGGCAUGUGGAGGAAUCCCUUCAAUUUUCAUCAGGUACUGGUAGACUUUGCUCAGUCAAACUCGCCAGAAACUGCAAAGAGCCGGCAAAAACAUCAACGCUGAGGUGUCCUGGGCUCAGCAGUGCUGUGAGCCUCUGCUGGGGAGCCCAGCCACUGUGCUGGUUAAGGAAACACCUGGAGAAGCUGCCUGCCCUGGAGGAACAUCCACUUACAAGCUCAUGGCCCUGCUCCCUGUGUGUGACAUCCCCUCUGCCCCCACCGGCUUCCUCUUGCUCACAGCUGCAGCUGUCACGAACAAAUCUUUGUAUGAUUGAAAAGUCUGUACAUUUUAUUUUUCUACUGACACUCCUAAUCCUGGUGGUGAUUAUCAGUAAAUUCUGUAACUCGUGA